GUCGAGCUGCAGGUUGAUGAACAGAACAUGGAGACUCGGAUCCGAAGAGGCCGACACAUGAGUCCCGUGAGUCUGCUGCUGCUCUGCGUGUGUCCGCUGUGCGUCCGGGGCUCCUGGAUGUGGUUGGGCGUGGCCUCGGCCGGCGGCCCGGAGACGCUCAGCUGCUCCGCCCUUCCUCUGAGCCGCCAGCAGAGGGAGCUGUGUCGUAAGAAACCUUUUCUGUUGCCGAGCGUCCAGGACGGCGCUCGCCUCGCUAUCGACGAGUGUCAGAGUCAGUUCAGACACGAGAGGUGGAACUGCUCCGUCAACCAGCGCCCUCCAGUGUUCGAACAUGAGUUAACCAGCGGAACCAAAGAAACAGCGUUUAUCUACGCGGUGAUGGCUGCAGGGCUGGUCCACGCCGUGACGCGCUCCUGCAGUCAGGGCAACAUGACGGAGUGCGGCUGCGACGCCCGGCUGCAGGGCGGCGGCUCCGGGCCGGAGGGCUGGCACUGGGGCGGCUGCUCGGACCACAUCCAGUACGGAACCUGGUUCAGCCGCAGGUUCAUCGGCGCCGCCGCCAAAAACAUGUCGACGAGCAGCGGAGGCUACACGCCGGAGACCAUGAACCAACACAACACAGAGGCAGGACGCCAGGCGGUUGACAGGACGAUGCUGACCGACUGUCGAUGUCACGGUGUUUCCGGUUCCUGUGCGGUGAAGACGUGUUGGAAGACGAUGGCGGCGUUCGAACGUGUCGGCGUUUAUCUGAAGGAGCGGUACGAGCACAGCGUUCAGGUGUCGGACCGCUCGAAGAGGAAGACGAGGAGGAAGGACCAGCGUCUCCUUCCUGUCGACAAACACCAGCUCAUCUUCAUCAACAAGUCUCCCAACUACUGCCUGGAGGACCGGCGACGCGGCAUCGCCGGCACCAGAGGGCGCCGUUGCAACCGGACGUCCGCUGGACCGGACGGGUGCAACCUGCUGUGCUGUGGCCGUGGAUACAACACGCAUGUUGUGCGACACGUCCAACGCUGCGAAUGCAAGUUCGUGUGGUGCUGCUACGUCCGCUGCCGGCGCUGCGAGAGCAUGAACGACAUGCACACCUGCAAAUAAACCAAUCACAGCUGAGGACAAGUUUCAAACAUCCCCGCCUGAAUAACACACACCUGUAGAGGAAUCACACCUGUAGAGGAUCACACCUGUAGAGGAUCACUCCUGUAGAGGAUCACUCCCGUAGAGGAUCACACCUGUAGAGGAUCACACCUGUAGAGGAUCACUCCUGUAGAGGAUCACACCUGUAGAGGAUCACUCCUGUAGAGGAUCACACCUGUAGAGGAUCACACCUGUAGAGGAUCACUCCUGUAGAGGAUCACACCCGUAGAGGAUCACACCCGUAGAGGAUCACUCCCGUAGAGGAUCACACCUGUAGAGGAUCACUCCUGUAGAGGAUCACACCUGUAGAGGAUCACUCCCGUAGAGGAUCACACCUGUAGAGGAUCACACCCGUAGAGGAUCACUCCUGUAGAGGAUCACACCCGUAGAGGAUCACUCCUGUAGAGGAUCACACCCGUAGAGGAUCACACCUGUAGAGGAUCACUCCUGUAGAGGAUCACUCCUGUAGAGGAUCACACCUGAGGGUCGAGACCAACUGGUUCUGAAUCUUUGUCUUUUCUGAGAAACAAACUGAAUCAUGAAAAAACAAAGAUUCAGACAUUGUCCACGUGAAACAGGAAGUAGAACCAGAGGUGGUGUCAGACACGUUCGACUCUGAAGUGAAGGAUCUGUUCCUCCAGUAACUCCGCCUCCUCCAUGUUAGCAGAUGGACCAAACAAAACAAAUCA